UAUUAUGCAAGAUGGCCGUAAAGUUGUCCAGAGUUAGAGAUAAAUUGAAGACUUUUCACCGAAUAUUUCAGAGUUUUGUUCAUGUCCGAAACUAUUCAAGACUUUCCGAAGUUGGUCGUUUUGAGAUUCCCAAAUUGCAAGGAAAAUAUGCGUCUGGACAGCCAUUUCUUCAUCGCGUCUUUGGGUAUAGAGGAGUGGUUCUGUUCCCAUGGUUGGCGAGAGUUUACGACCGUGACGUUGAAAAGCCUGGUGCCUCGUUGAGUGAGAAUGAGGAAACCAAAGAGCUGAAAGGGCAAACUAAAGUCUAUUAUCAAGUGUUGAUGGAUAAUAGAGACUCACCAUAUACUAGAGCUCAAGUUGAAUCAGUCACAUUUCUUGGCAGUGGCUCAGACGGCUCACUGUAUGCAAUUCCUGGUUUGGAUUAUGUGAGCCACGAGGAUGUGCUUCCCUACAACCCAAGUGAGCCAAAACCGAUCAAUCAUGAACUGUUUGAACGCUUCUUUGCAUUAUCGUACGGGAAAGGAUAUUUACCGCAAGAUACGCUACGAUUAUGGCACGAGAAGAACCACGCUUGGUUAGAGCUUUCCGAUGUUCACCGAGAGACCACCGAGGAUAUACGAGUCACGGCAAUUCCCUUUUACAUGGGAUCGAGGGAAAUGCGAGGAAUUUCAAACUAUUGGUGGCGUUACUGCAUCAGGCUUGAAAAUUUGGGAUCGUCUCCAGCCCAACUUAGAGAACGAUAUUGGAAAAUAUUCAGUUUGUCUGGGACAUUGGAGACUGUUAGAGGACGUGGUGUCGUUGGUCAGGAACCAAAGUUAACUCCACAACAGAGUGCUUUCCAAUACAGCAGCCAUGUCUCCCUCCAUGCCCCAAGCGGGCAUAUGUGGGGUACAUUUCGCUUUGAAAGACAAGAUGGAAGUAUGUUUGAUGUACGAAUACCACCAUUUUCACUUGAGAGCAAGGAACAGCAAGAGCAAAAUUAAAACCAAAAUUUAAAAAUGGUUCAAAGACCCAAUCAAACACCAUGUUGUCUGGUAAUGUGAAGUGUUAACAGCAGUCCAGGUUAUCACCGCAUACUUGUGAGGCAAGUCAAAGGUCAGUACUACUGACCAGUUAAGUGAUCCUAGAUUUAACUGGAUGGAUAUAUCAAAGGCAUUCCAGUCCAGGAAGAUUGUCAUUGUUUUGAAGGAGUUUCUCUUCAGAGGUUGCAGGUUCAGGAUUAUGGAUUAAGUUUAGAAGUAGAUUAAGAAGCUCUCUCAUAACCUUACUAGGAUAGACAGGGCAAGAAAAGGCUUAGUUCAGAGAUUGGUUCAAAACCUAUGGCUGAGUUAUUGUUUAAAAUAUUUACUUCCCGGAGGCAUUUAAUAAGACUAGUGAACUUACAUGUUAUAAUAAUCAAAUGCUAUCCUAUCAAAAUAAUUGCUUAUAAGGCAUUUUCAAUAACAAGGCACCUUUACUUUUCAUAAAUUAAUUAUUUUGUCAAAUGUUUGUUAUAAAAUAUAAUAUUGUUUAAUAUUUUACAUAUUCUAUAUA